CUUUCACAACUCUUAACAGGAAAAGAAUGUUAUCUUAAUGUUUAAAUAUAUAUAAUACAAGAAACUUUCACACCUAAACAUACUUUUGAUUAGAAUGCAUUUCGUUUUAUUUAAGUUAACGCUAUUUGUUCAUUUAACUGGAAUAACAGAAGCAUUUCAAUGCUACCAGUGUUCAUAUGAUAAGCUCUCAAACACAGGCAAGGAUUGGAAUAACCCAAAAUGUAUGACUGCACCUGGAGAACUUGACAGAAGAACAACACAUUACCCGUGCAAUGACACGGGGUUCUGUACAUUCACGGAAACAUACAGUUUAGUGUCAAAAGUAGUGACUUCUUACUACCGGUCAUGCCAUAUAACGUCACUAGGCAACCAAUGUACGCAGGAGGCGACACGUCUAAUGUGUUUUGGAUCGUGCAAGGGAGAUUUUUGCAAUAGAAAUGACACAGGACGCCAACAUGUGAAAUUCUUUGGAAACAGUUCGUCUUCGAUAUAUACAUUGACCAGUCCUCUGUUUAUUUAUGUAUUAAUAUAUUUGUGUGUUUGCAAUGUUUAUAAAAGCUAUUUUUCUUAGUUAUACUGUUGUCUUAUUAUAUGUGAUGUUACAUGUAUACACCGAGAAAGAAGUAUAUAGCCUGGAAUUUGGAAGGACUAUGCCCUAUGCUAAAUGUUAAAUGCCAAUUUAAUGUAAAAUGUUUUUUUUUUAAAUGCGUAAUGCCAAAUAUUGACUGUAAAACGGUAAUUUUCGAAUGUUAAAUGCUAAUUGUAAUGUGUGAAAUGUAAGAGCUAAGAGCUCAAUUCAAAUAAUAAGGCGAAUAUAUCCGUGGAUGACUUCAUGCUUUCAGUAAUCAUUACCCUUCGUUAUAUAACACUAUCCCUGUUCUAAACAUUUUUUAAUAUUUUAGAGUGCACAUUUUAUGGUUUUAAUACUAUUGUAAUUAUUGUGUAACUGUUUACUUUUUAUCAACAUAUUUUCUUAUGUUAUAGUUAUGUUGUUAUUCAAGGCUUUGUUGUGCCAUAAAUUACUUCAAAUAAACCGUAAACAUUC